GGGGCGGGGCCGGGCGGGGCGCUUUUGUUCGGGCGGCGGCGGCGGCGGCGGGGCCAUGGCGUACGUGCCGGGGCAGCCGGUCACCGCCGUGGUGCAAAGAAUUGAAAUCCAUAAGCUUCGCCAAGGUGACAAUUUGAUUCUGGGGUUCAGCAUUGGAGGUGGCAUUGAUCAGGAUCCUACUCAGAACCCUUUCUCUGAAGACAAGACCGACAAGGGCAUCUAUGUAACAAGGGUGACUGAAGGAGGCCCAGCAGAAGUUGCAGGACUUCAGAUCGGAGAUAAGAUCAUGCAGGUGAAUGGCUGGGAUAUGACAAUGGUGACCCACGACCAAGCUAGGAAGAGGCUGACAAAGAGGAACGAAGAAGUGGUACGGCUGCUAGUGACCAGGCAAUCUCUGCAGAAGGCUGUGCAACAAUCAAUGAUGGCCUAAUCAAUCACCAAGCUGGGGAAGGGUUGGGGAGGGAGAUAGAGACUCGUAUCAAGCAAGGAAGCAAACGCUAGACCUGAACAGGUUGUCUGGAAGGAGUGCAUGGUCCUAACUGUGGUAAACACUAUUUUUCUUUCCUCUGGUGUAACUGGCAGUAGUAAAACUCUAGUCCCUCCAGCAAGAGUGCUUCUCUAAAGUCUUCCCUGCAGGUACAUGGUAAGACUUUAGUGUAGUCACGGCUUUCAGGAGGACAGGACAAAUCUGAAUUAUCUAAGGAAGCAGCAGAAGAAGCCUUAACUUUGACAGGAUUCUUACAGAGCACCAAAGCUUCCUAUUUUAAUAGGAAAUGUGAUUUCUGCUAUGGAAGAUAAGAGGAUUUUAUUGUGCUUAAGCUUUUAGAAGGAAGCUGUCCUGUCCUCCCAUGCUACCAAAGUGCCAGAAUGAAGAGUCACACACUGCUGUGGGGAGGAACACUGUACUAAUCUCACAUUGUGUGCUAGCUAGAUGGAGUAUGCUGAAGGGUUUGGGGCAUUAGUGUGUACUGCAAAGAUUCCCUGUACAAAGCAGCCUCUUCAGACAAGAAACAAUCAAGUAACACAAGUAUUAGAUUCAUACCUGCAAAGUACUCUAAAGGUUCAUAGACACUACAGUUCAAUUUUACUGUUAGAGUAAAACCUCAUUUCUCCUUGUUCCCAAGUAAUUUGUGACAUCAAAUGAGUAAAGGUUAAAUGAAAUGAAUGUGGAGCACGUAAAGAAAAUGCUGUUGCUGAACUUACCAAAAGAGCUGCUUGUGGCUGUAGUCUUCAGUUCUUCAUUACAUUUCUCUCAGACUCAAAAUGGGAGGGGUGGAUUUAGAUCUGUCUUCAUGGAAGAUUUUGCUUAGGUCACUGAUUUAUUGGAUGGAAGAGACAAAUAUGCCAGUAAUUUCCAAAGUGCCUCUUGACCAAAUUUAAACUUCUAGUAAGAUACUAAGUUUAAAUCAACAUGCCACAGGAUCUAAGAUUCUUGCUGCAACACUAAGUUAAUUAUCUAGCUUCCCAGUGGUUUGUUAAACAGCUAGCUUUACAAUUAUCCAAAAACUGGAGUUCUUAAUCCCCUUCAGUUAAUUUAUACGUAUCUAUACUUUCCUUAAGCAAUUUUCAGGUAAGCUGUUGUAAAUAGAACACGAGGA